AUGCUAAUACAAGUCCCCAGCCUCUCCCAGCGUCCAGGCUGGCAGCCCCUUUCCCUGACAGCCCCGGGGCCUCGGCUUCCCCUCGACUGGGCAAAGGCCAUGGACUCCCCCGGACGAGUGCCCUCUGUGGACCAAGGAGGGGAGGGGGAAGCCAGAACCCCAGUAGACUUGGAGGUUGAACUUGCCCCCGGCAGAGGGGGCUGCCGGGACAUCGCGCUCCCUGCUGGGGCUCACGAUGGCCCUGCUGGACGCUCAGUAAGGGCUGGAUUGCAGGCAUCAGCGGUCUCCCUCCCCUCCUGCACCUCCCUCGCCCUGGGCAGCCCCGGAAGCCCAUUCACCUGA